CGGAUACGUCCUCGAGGUUGUCUCGGUUUAGUUAAUUUACGUCUCAUUUCUCUCAAGACGUGAAGACUGUAGUUUCAUUAUCACCUUGAAAUGUAACGGUUGCUUUCCUGAAAUAAAACCUGAAAUAAUAAAUCUCGAUGACAAGCACGCAACCUCCGGAGGAAGCAGCCUUCGAAGUGAGGCGCAGCUGAGGAGUUAAAGUUGUUAUUUUUGCAUGCGACAAAAAGCAUGCAAAGUCAGCAUCACACUCACCAUCGACGUUUUGAGGUUAAAGAAGAUGUCUGAUGUGAUUUGGAUCUGUUUGUACUUCUGGAGUCUGUCUGGUGUGUUUGGUACCAAGUUUAUGCCGGUAAAAGAAGGAGAUUGUGUUACUCUACCCGUGAAUCUCACUGAACAUCAGAUGAAACAGGGAAUCUCCUGGAAGUUCGGAGCUCGAGGAUUUCUCAUAGCUGAAAUCACCAGAGGAAACGGUAAAGUCAAGACAUAUGAAGAUCAAGCUGAUGGAAGAUUCAGAGACAGACUGAUGCUGGAUCAAACUGGAUCUCUCACCAUCACAAACAUCACAGCCAAUGACUCUGGACUUUAUGAAGUGAGCAACACCAGCACCAACGCCAAACUCAAUACAUUCAACAUAACUGUCUACGAUCACAUACCUGGUUCUCUCACCUCAGGAUGGAAUUUCCUCACCAUCUCUUGCGCUGCUGGUGGAUUGCUGCUUGUAGUAACUGUAGUAAUUGCACUUCUGAUCUUCUGCAUCUGUAGAAAACGCUCUCAAUCACAUAUCAACAGGAGACCUGCAGUGGACAAGUAUGGUACGGGGGACUGGGACGAUGAUGUAAAGUCGUCCAUGUCUCCAUAUUAUCUUUAGUGUUUUUAUUGAAAAUGGAUAUGAAUGCUUUAGUCAUUUGGACUAAAGGUCACACAAGGGAUGUGUAGGCCUAUAUAUUUUUUGUCAUUGUAUAAAUUUAACAUAGAUCACAAAUGAAUUCACAUGAAUCAUGUUGAAAAGCUGUGGAUGAUGACCUUCAUUGACCUUCACUUUGAGUAAAUACAUAUUCUGAAUGACUAGUGAUGUGGUUCAUAAAAAAAGAAGUUUACUAUGCCGUUCCAACGUGGAUUCAAUCACAGAGAACACACAUCCGGUAAAAAAGCCUGUCCUAGGAAUGGAUGUUAUUGUUAAGUACGGACUGAUUUAAGUGUUGCACUCAAUCUGGAUGCUCAUCUGUGCACCUUUCGUCAUGCUACUGUAUAAAUGCGUUUUAUGCCUUGAUAACCUUAAUGCAGAUCAUUGCCAAAGAAUACUUAGUGCAGAUGACAACCCUAAAACUGUUCAAUAAACAUCUUUAU